GUCAGCAUCACUGUUGAUGUCUCACAUGGGUGGUCAUGUGGGCCAGAGACCCCGCCUUUGUCACAACUGUGGACUGGGUUUUGCCCAACAGCAGGGCUAUGAUAAUCACCUCAAGACUUGUGGACAAAUACCUGCUUCUGUGAGUGCUCUCAAGAAACGUUGGGCCUCAAACAGCUCUCCUCCACCUAUGAAAUCUACACUUCAGCCUGUUGAAAAACUUCAACUUCCAACAACAGCCUCUAUGAAUGCAUCAAGUCUAGCACAUACUACAGUCAAAGUCCAUACUGAUGUCACAAACAUCCCUGCAGCACCAGUGAAGGAACUGAUCAGUCAGGGACAUGUGACAGAAGGCAUGUCUGGAGGGUCUGGUCAAUCAGAGGGGGUGUUUCAGCUAACCCAUGAUAAACUGCCUCCUCCAGCAUUAAACCUUGUCUUAUUUGUUCCUGUCCCAUCUACAGUCCCCCAAACACUGCCUGCUGUAGAUGUUCUGGUCAAACCCCCUGUGGCUCUCCCACUUGCUCCAAAAGCUGAACCAACAUUUGAUCUUCAUGAGGCUGCGUCAUGUGUUGGUGUGAAUUCUGUUUCAGGGGCACAGCUACAUAUAGAUUCCCCUCUGGAUUUGGUAUCAGCCAGGAAACAGGAUCCAGUCAGCGUGGUACCAUUGGAUUUGUCCAAAAAAUUCAUCUCUCCCUUGCCCUCCUUUACCCAGGCACCUUCUGUUAAAAUAGAGCCAGAAGACCCCACAUUCUCAGAAGAGGUAGAGACAGAGACAUUCCCAAGAACUGAUUGUGUGGAACAAAAUAUAAAAAGUUCGGAGACUAUGCCAGAGAGCGAUAGGCAGACUGCAGCAAAGCAGCUGAAACCAAUGGAAUUUAGUACAUCUCCCGGUCUAAUAGUUGACAUUAAGAAAGAGCUUGACUCUCCUGGUCUUGAUUUUCACAUGGUGUCCUCUGAGUCCUGCCUGCUGACAGUAGAAAGCCCAGCGAAGGAAAUCAAGAUGGAGGUUGAUGAGUGAAGCCCGGCCUAUACCAAGUCUAAACUGCUGGCCAGACCUUAAUCAAAAUUAAAAGAGCCAUAUCAGUGUGAAGGAGAAGAUGCGUAGAUGGUGAGGGAAGGUGAAGACUUGUUGGGGGAGAAUAAAGCUCAUCAGUGUGUCAUCUAUAAUCAAACUUCUGUUCUGGAGGAUAUACAUAAUACCGUAUUUUUAGCAUGCGUUUGCAUACUAUCUUUUGUGCAUACUGUGGCCACGUUCAUCUAAAAUGAUUAGUAGAAAAGAUAAAUAGUACUGUACAUAUUUAUUUCUAAUCAGUGUAUGAACUAAUGGACUGUUUCUGUAUUGAGGAAUUUUGACAUCUUAAAAAAGAAAAAAGGCCAGUUUUAUGAUUUGUCAGGUGAAAUGAUGACAUUAGAUUUACAACUGGUUAGACUGUUUUUGUUUAUUCCAUUAGUGGUUUUUUUUUGUUUUUUGUUAUUCCACAGAGCACCCUAUUGGAACAGAAAGUUGAGAGAUGGUGUCCCACGUGGUCCCAUCUGUAGCUGUUUCAGAGUUUUUCUUUCUUUCUUUUUUUUACUCACACGGAUUAAAAUUUAAUUAAUUGAAUUUACAGUCUGGGAUGA